CAGAAGAGGUACAAAGUUCUUCACACUUUCUCAAACCGGUGAAAGCGCGACGUUGUCAUUUCAGCGCCAACCGGAAUCCUCGGAUUUUACCUGUAAUUAACUGGGAGGAAGGCUAUACGAUCCUCGGCAGUGUUCUGAGACUGUAUAGUCUCGCUUCCUACCACAUUUUAAUCCGGAAUGGAUUUGAUGUAUUUAUUUUUUUUUUAACUAAAAAACAAACCGCCUAACUUUUUUUGUUGUUGUUCUGGGGUUGUUCUUUAGCCUGAACCCGCACACAUAGGAGUUAUUGUUAUUGUUUGUGACUGUCAAAAAUAUCGACGCGACCGAAGUGCGCGCUUGUGUGUGUGUGUGUGUGUGUGUGUUUGUAUGCAUGUGAAUUUCUGAGAAAUUGCUGGAACAGCGAGUGUAUGAGGGAUUGGUAACUUCUGAAAGAUGACAGCCGAGAAAGACAAGAAAAGAAGCACUUCAGAGCGGCGGAAGGAGAAAUCUCGUGAUGCGGCUCGCUGCAGGCGCAGUAAGGAGACGGAGGUGUUCUAUGAGCUAGCACACCAGCUACCCCUGCCUCACAGCGUCAGCUCCCAUCUGGACAAGGCCUCCAUCAUGAGACUGGCCAUCAGCUUCCUACGCACAUGCAAGCUCUUCACAUCAGGUUGCAGUACCAGUGAAACAGACAUAGACAGACAGAUGGACAGUCUUUAUUUGAAGUCACUAGAAGGCUUCAUCUCCGUGGUAACAUCAGACGGAGACAUUAUCUUCCUCUCAGAGAACAUCAACAAAUUCAUGGGGCUGACACAGGUUGAACUGAUAGGUCACAGUAUCUUUGAUUUCACUCAUCCCUGUGACCACGAAGAGAUACGUGAGAACCUGAGCAUGAAAACCGGUGUGGGGAAGAAAGGCAAAGACUUGAGCACAGAGAGAGACUUCUUCAUGAGAAUGAAAUGCACCGUGACAAGUCGAGGACGCACCGUCAACCUUAAAUCAGCCAGCUGGAAGGUGCUACACUGCACAGGUCAUCUUAAAGUGUACAACGGCUGUUCUACACGCACUCCAUGUGGAUAUAAAGAGUCACCACUGACCUGUGUGGUCAUGCUCUGUGAACCGGUCCCUCACCCCUCCAACAUUGACACACCAUUUGACAGCAAGACCUUCCUCAGCCGACACAGCAUGGACAUGAAGUUCACCUACUGUGAUGAGAGAGUAACUCAGUUAAUGGGCUACAAUCCUGAAGACCUCCUGGGUCGCUCUGUGUAUGAGUUCUACCAUGCCCUCGACUCUGAAAGUGUCACCAGAAGCCACCAGAAUUUAUGCACAAAAGGACAGGCUGUGAGUGGACAUUACCGGAUGUUGGCCAAGCAUGGGGGCUUUGUGUGGGUGGAGACUCAAGGCACCGUCAUUUACAGUAGCCGCAACUCUCAGCCACAGUGCAUCGUGUGUGUCAACUAUGUCCUGAGUGAUAUUGAGGAGAAGUCCACAAUCUUCUCUAAAGACCAGACAGAGUCUUUGUUGAAGACAAAUAUGAGCAGUUUCUUUAGCAAGGCUAGAUCUCCCAUGGCCUCUGAGACCAGUAGUGCCCUCUUCACCAAGUUCAAAGAGGAACCAGAGGAUCUCAACCACUUGGCACCGACUCCUGGUGAUGGUUUCAUCCCCCUCAACUUUGGUCAUCCUUCAUUUGAGGAAUACCCAGUGUGUUCUAAGGUUUCUCCUAUGCAUCCUCCUGCCACUCACUCGGUCACUGAGCGGCAUAACUUGCCAACGAUGGGUGCCAACUUCUCCAUACCCCAGGCUCCACCACCCAGCAGUGCCACUCCCAGCAUAAGCAACUGCUCUACGCCUAGCAGCCCAGAUGAUUACAAAAGCCCAGUGGAUGACCUGAAGAUGGAGAUCACAGAGAAACUGUUUGCCAUGGACACCAAGGGGAAAAACUCCUACAGUCAAGAGACUGAACUGAGUGAUCUGGACCUGGAGACUUUAGCACCCUACAUUCCAAUGGAUGGUGAAGACUUUCAGCUAAAUCCCAUCGGUCAGGAGGAGCCUCUGCCUGAAGCUGUUGCUCUUGGCAUUACCGAGUACAGCUUCAGCAACAUUGCCAACUUCUUCCAGCCAUUGACCCCACCUCCAGGGGCCCACUUCCAGCCCAAUCCACACUCUGCUAGUGAGAAGCAGGCACCCAGUACUGCCACAAUGGAGCCCUGGCCCCCCAUAUUUUAUGCCAGCCACAUGCCUCUGGCACACCACACCAACCCAGAAAGCAUACCACUAGCCUCUAUGGGUGGGCAUCAGAGUCUGCAAUGGCCACCUGACCCGCCGAUAAAUUACUCCAGUACCAAAGGUGGUGCGAUAGACUCGUUGGUGGAAAAACACUCAUGCCAAGCUCUGCAAACAAAUCGCAUGUCCCUCCACAAUCAAAGGUCCAUGGAGAAAUACGGACCUUGUAAAGCCUACAGAGACGUAAGCCCAGUCCGGCUCACAAUACCAAACACUAUGAAGCGCUCGUUUUCAAACAUGAGCAUGGGGGUAUCUUCUGCUACCAGGCCAGCAGAGAUGUGGAAAAGGAUGAAGAAUGAAAGCUGUGCCAUUUUGAACAGGAUGUCUCAAAGCAGCAGUGCCUUAACAGGUGAGCACAUGGGCCACCAGCAUAGGAAGACUCAGAAUCAAGGUAAUCAAACAGCGCGGGGGAAAAAAGACUAUCCAGAACACUGCUGUAACUACACAGACUACAACAUGCUGCCUAACACAAAAAUGGAAGGUGUGGCGAGCCGACUGCUUGGGCCCUCGUUUGAGUACUGUCUGCCCGAGCUGACACGUUAUGACUGCGAAGUGAACGUCCCCCUACAAGGCAACCUGCACCUGCUGCAGGGCAGAGACCUACUGUGUGCUUUAGACCAGGCCACCUAGAGCGACCUUGUCAUAGUCAGUUAUCCUAGCUAUAUCACUCACCUUGAGUAUCAACCACAGUCCUGAUUAUAUUCAUGCAGCGUGUUUGAUCAUGGUCCUUCAUUACCCUUCCACUGCACAUUGUAGUAUUUUCCUCUCAACAUACCCCAGUCAAUUCAUCAGCAAAUCACUUCAUGAGCACAAAAUGUGUACAAUAGGGGGACUUAAAUACACAAACCUCUACCCUACCAUAUAUAAUGAGAAUGUAGCUUUCUGGUUUUUUUUUUUUUUUUUUUAUUGUCUUCAUCCUUAUAAAUUAUAUGCAGUACUAUACAUAGUAUAAAACAGUAUACACACAUUAUACAGUAUAAUAUUUUAGUUACAAAAAAGCUAUUUCUUAAAGGUGCAAUAGUCAAUUUUCUUUAAUUACUUACUUGUACAAGUAACCUGGAAGAUGUAAAAUGUAAAACAUUAUAAAGUCAUGGUUUUAGAACAUGUGUAUUAAGUUGCUGAGAAAUUUGGAAAACUGAUUUCUGGUCUGGAAUGCUUAUUUGUGUUUGAAUGUGUCAACUGUCAGUUUUUUAUGGACACUCAACACGCCACCGUAGAUUCUGAGGGUAGAGCUUCAUGAACAUGGCCGCGAAUGAGGCUCAAAGAGUAAAUAAAAUCAUUAAAAAAUCUAAACCACCUACUUAACUGUUAGAGACCUAAUGUACCUUUAAUGUGCUGAUUUAUUUUGCAUUUUGUUUAUUUUACUUGUCUUUGGCUAUCUGUUUCUGUGCCUUUAGCUACAUUUUUAGUGCACUUCUCUCUCGGUUUCCCUGUCCUACUCUCUUGAAGAAAGAUGAUCUACUAUAAGAGUUUGUCCUUAAACUUUCUGUAUUUCACUCUAAAUUUCCUACCUCUGACACCUUAAGCCUUUACCUGUAAUAUUUAUGCAUGCUUUAGUGCCUUCUCUAUUCAAUUCAUAAAGUGUUACAGCACUACUUUUCUUUCUGUCUCUGUCACUCUCCCUCUUUGUUUCUCUCACUCUCUGUCCUUUGCAUUUUAUGUCGUGACCACUCUAUAUAGUUUUUAUUUUUGUCAUUUUAGCUGUAUACAUGAUAUUUAAUGGAAGGUUCUCUAAAGUUCCUAUGAUAAAGUUCUCUAUAAUGUUAAACUUGUAACACUCAAAUACCUGGGUACUUUGUCUUGUCUACUCAGUAGAUGUGGAUCAGAGUGCUGAUUUUAAGCGGUCUGUAGUGCUGGUAUCUGUUCCUUUCUAGUGGCAAUUUGUGAUACAAAAAAAGCAUAUUAUAUUUGUUGGCAGGCCAGUACAGAUUUCUUUUUACUCUAAUAAGAAAAAAGGAAAAAAAAAAAAAAAAAAGAAAGAAAAAUUAUUAAAAUGAAAAAGUAUGUUUUUGAGAUGUAGCAAAUUAGUAGAAGUUCUAUUCAAUAUUUUCACUUUUAUCAUUUAUUAAUGAUAUGUGUGACAAUUGUGUUAAGAAAUUGUCUUUAAUAAUAAAAACUUUAAUAGUAUUUCUAUUACACUAGCUGAGGUUGUCUUUAAAGUCGAAUAAACUAGUAUAUUAAUGGAUCAAUACAUUUUGGCUCAAUUACUAAAGUUUUGACUAAAGGUGUACUCUUCCUACUGUUUUUUAAAUAGUUGUAUUUGUUGAUCUAAUCAACUAUUCUUGCACCUAUACACCUCACAAAUCUGCAUUUGCUGUUCAACUUUGCAUAAUAGGAAACAUCUUUCAGGAGGUCAUCCAUAAAUGUCAGUUUUAGUUGAGAAUUGAAAAGAAAACAAAACAGUACACGUCAAAUUCAAUGUUCUGUUUAUGAGUUGAAUUCAAUAUGAGACAUAUACCCCUGAAACGGUGCCCUGUUCAUUCACAGCCAAAAUGAGAUUCUAGACUGGACUUUUACUCUAUGCUGAUUAUAGUGCUAUGCAGCUCAGUAGAUACACAUUUGCAUUGGAGGAUUGCACGUUUGAUUCGGUAUAAGUGGAAAUAAACCUUGAAUCUGAGGUUCCCUAUAUAUAGGCCAAUAAAAAUGUCCUUGGUGAACUUUCAAUGUUAAAAAAAAAAGAUUCCUCCAUCCUAUCUGAUAUAAUGUUAGGACAUUAUGCACAGUAGACACAAUAUCAGGCCAAUGGAAGAUAAAUAGAGAAAGAUACCAGUGUUCACUGUAGUAAGAUACAGAGAUACAGGUUGCUCAGUCUACCUACUGAUGCACAUCUCUCCAGUCUGAACAUCAUCUCUGUCCAUCUGUUUUCCCCUGUCUAGAAAUGACAAAUUCAUGUAUUUAUAAAUUCUAAGUUGAGAUUAAGGAGGAUGCUAUCUCUGCACUUUCUGACCCAAGUAAGUCAGGACAUAUACACACUUAUGCACUUAAUAUUUUUAUUUCUAGAGAAACAAAACAUAAACCAUAUUUAUAAACCAUACACUGAUGAUUACUGAAACUCCUAGGGUUGAUCGCCAGCCUCAGGUCCAGAUGUAUGUGACUCGAUGUGGCUGCAGAAUGCAUCUGACAUUUGUCCAAUUUACUUGAAAUGCAAGUAAUGAAGAGAUGAUAAUAAUAAAGACCCUUGUGCCUGAACAAGAAAACGGUGUUAAUAUGGGCAUUAAUAUGGCUUGUGUGCCAUUGCAUCGCCAACUGGCUUACCAAUAAUGAAAAGAAAAUGUGCAUGUAUAAUUGAUGUAUUUGAUCAUGACACAGGCUGUGUUAAGCUAGUAUUAAAUUGUCCCCUUCCUUGGCACUGGAUUGGAACCCUCAAGGGUAAAUCAUUUGUAUCUUUAAUAUCUUUUAAAUAUGAUGUAUUUAAUAUUUAUCAUUCACCUCGAUAUAUGGAUAUAGUGUAUCUAAAAUGAUUAUAUAAAUGGACUUUAAUUAGUUUUUAGAGUAAAGCUAAUAGUACACUACAUGCACCUUUCUAGGUAAAAGAUGUAUACUAAGGUGCACUCUUUAGAGUGCCACCACAGUGAGGAAAGUCACAGAUUAGUACCCGUUUUCCUGAGAGUGUAGGUUACUCAGGCUUCAUCCCAAUGGACAAACAGUGUUAAAGUACACGGUUUACCUAAAUUGUACAAUCUAACAACAUUGGUUCCACUUCUAUGAGAAAAACAGUCAAGUCACACACAAAACUAGCACUAAAUGCCCAUAGGUAUGCAGUUAGCCACACUUCCAAUUUCUCAACCAUUUUGCAUGCUCAAGUUGCACAUUUCGUACAUAACACCCAAUGUUUUUUUGUGGCUGAAUUGUACUGGAAACUGUGCGCAAACAACAUACAUCUAACCACCAGUGUUUUAAAAAAUAUUAUUAACCACUAAAAGAAAUGAACAGGACUUUUUAUUGAACUUUUUGCUUCAGAGAUUAAUGCGAAGGUUAAACAAUAAACAGAGUUAACGCUAUCACAUUCUCAUAUCGUGGUGUGGCCAAAUAUAUAUUUUAACAGUGAUACUCUUUUAGAUGUCUGUUUUCUAAAACAGUCUCCCAGUUUGUGUUUGUUAGUCACACUUAGCAAAAUGUAUUUUAACGUGCUAAAUCAAUAUCGAUAUUAUUAUUAUUAUUAUUAUUAUUAUUAUUAUUAUUAUUAUUAUUAUUAUU